AUGGCGCCCUCCCUUCCCCUGCGCUCAACGCUCCGCUCCUUGAAGCGCAGGAUUGAAGAUAGCUCAACCCUUCGGAAGGUCACGGCUUAUUUGCCUCCGUUGAACUUCAUCACGGUUCACUACGCCUACUUCAUCUCCGUGUGUCUCGUCACCUCGCUCAUCUUCUACGGCAUGUCGACGCCCGAGUAUGCCAUCGGAUACACGGACUCGCUGUUUUUAGUUGUGUCUGCGAUGACCGAGGCCGGUCUGAAUACGGUUAAUCUGAGCCAGAUGACUACUGGGCAGCAGUUCUUGCUGUGGCUGUUGAUCAUGAUUGGAAGCAGCAUUUUUGUCUCUAUCGGCACGGUUCUUACGAGGAAGAGGGUCUUUGAGUCAAGGUUUAAGGGCGUGGUGAGACGGCAGAGAGAGAAUAGACAGCGGAGACGGAGCCUGUCUAGUAUUCGUCGUGCAUCGACGGGAGAAGUCCCUGUCAAUGAGAGGUUGCAGGAGCAGCGCAAGGUUGGGGAGCCGUUUGAUCGGAGCGGGUUCGAGAGCAGGCAUUCAGGACCGCGUGAUCCGACUCCUGGGCCGGAAAACGGGUCUGCUGGGCAUGUCCUCGAGGAUGUGCCUGGGCAGACCACAGGCGUGGAGGUGGGAGGGAGCCAGGGGAGUGGGAGUACUCUUGUUGCUGGUGUGGGAGGGGGAGCGGCGCCGGUGGUAGAUGAGGGUGUCCGUCCGAGAAGAGGCAGUGGCACCAGUGAUCGCAUCUCCAUCAUGCGAUAUGUGCCCGAGCCUCCCCUUGAGCCUCUCUCCCACCGCCGCGUCCUGUCGUUUGUUGGCGUAGGCGCACACCCCAAUUCCACCGCCUACCGGCUCCGCAACGCUAGUGGGCUCGUCCAACGCGGUGAGAAGAAAAUGGGAAAACAGGAAGAAGUGGUUAGAGAGGGGUUGAGCAAUCAAAUAUAUCCGCAUUAUCUCACCCGGCAUACAACAGGCAGGAACGCACAGUUCUUUGGCCUGAGCAGAGCGGAGAGAGAACAUUUGGGCGGGGUGGAGUAUAGGGCUAUCACGCUGCUGGGGUGGGUGGUGCCGAUUUAUUUUGUGUUGUGGCAGUUAUUGGGUAGUCUGGGGUUAGGCGCGUAUACGGCGUAUAAUAAGCGUGCUAUUGCGGAGGGGAAUGGGAUUAAUCCUUGGUGGCUUGGUGCGUUCAAUGCUAUUUCUGCAUUCAAUAACUCGGGGAUGAGCUUGUUGGACGCGAAUAUGAUCCCGUUCCAGACUUCAGUCUACACACUCAUCACGAUGGGUCUCUUGAUCUUGGCUGGAAACACUGCAUAUCCCCUUUUCCUGAGACUCAUUCUGUGGAGCAUGCUCAAACUCCUCUGCGCCAUCUACCCCUCCCCCGAUGUCCACCCAGAGUACAAAGCCACUCUCCGCUUCGUGCUCCGCUAUCCGCGCCGCGUCUACACCAACCUCUUCCCCUCCCAACCAACCUGGUGGCUCCUUUUCAUGGUUGUCAUCUUAAACGGCAUCGACUGGGCCGCCUUCGAGCUCCUCAACAUCGGCAACCCAGCCACGGACUCCAUCCCCAGCCACUACCGCGUCCUGGACGGACUAUUCCAAGCCCUAGCCGUCCGAUCCGGUGGUUUCUAUGUGGUCAACAUCUCCACCCUCCGAAUCGGAUUACAAGUUUUAUACGUCAUCAUGAUGUACAUCUCCGUCUACCCCGUCGUGAUCACCAUGCGGCAUUCAAAUGUCUACGAAGAACGGAGUCUGGGGAUAUACGCAGAUGAGCCGGAUAAUUCUGCAGAGAAGCAGCCGCCGAAGCUGGGCACGCUAAUGGGCACAUUCAAACGCACUCUCACCCUCGGCACACAAGCCCUCGGCGGGCCCUUCUCCUCCCCUUCCCCUCCCUCUUCCAGCACCGGCACGCAGUUCGUCCGCCAACAAGUGCGCGGCCAGCUCGCGCACGAUCUCUGGUGGCUCGUCCUCGCCAUCCUCUUCAUCUCCUGCAUCGAGGUGUCGAAUUUCGACCGCGACCCCGUCACGUAUAGCGUGUUCAACAUCGCUUUCGAAGUCGUGUCUGGAUACGGCUGCGUGGGGAUUUCGACGGGGUUGCCGAGUCAGGCGUAUAGUUUCUGUGGGGGGUGGCAUAAGGCGAGCAAGGUGAUUCUGUGCGCGGUUAUGCUUAGGGGGAGACAUCGCGGGCUGCCGGUGGCGUUGGAUAGGGCGGUGAGGUUGCCGGAUGAUAGGGAGCCGAUGGGUGUUAAGGAGGAGGUGAGUUGUCAUCUUUUACUUUCCCACAUUACAUGA